UAUACCAAAUUAAAUGAAUCUCUUGUUGUCCUCAUGCUAAAACCUUGUGGCUUGGAGUUAAUAUUAAUGUCGGUAAUGUUCUUAAUAUGCAUGGAGAUUCGUUACACUGGAUAAUAACUUGGUUUGAUGCAGGUCACUCUCAGGGUAAUGUAUCUCAAUCUGAUAGAGAAUAUAAAUUACACUUGCUUAUGAUUAUUUUAUGGUCUAUCUGGAAGGAUAGGUGUGCUGCUCUUUUUCAGAAUGCUAAGCCAAAUAGAUUGUUAUCCUUGAGUACUAUUUCAACUCUGGUGGAGAACUGCAAGACUAAGACGAAUAAUAAUGACAUUACUGGUGUUAGUUUACAAGUACAGGCUCACAAAUGGGAUCCUCCAGAUAGUGAUUAUGUCAAUGCCUUGGAGCAAAAGGGUGCUUCUUCGAUGGAGGAAUGAUAGAAGAUCAGGAAGUGGAGCAGCUGGAAUGUUUGGCCAUGAAGCAGGCAGUAGAUUGGGCAAUUGCUGGAGGCUACUCUAAAGUUAUAUUUGAGUCUGAUAAUGGAGUAGUAGUGAGGUCAAUAAAUGACCAAAAUUCUUAUGUUCAUUGGAGGAAUCAAGGAACUAUCCUUGACAUUAAGUUUCUUUUACAAAACUAUGGUUUUAAUUCCUGUAAGUCAGUAGUUAAAAACUUUUUAGCAGAUAAAGCAGCUAAAAAAGCCAGAGUUAAUAGGCUAGAUUUUGAUUAUGCUGAUAAUCUCCCACAAGACAUCUUAGCUUGGGCAAGGGAAGAUUUCACUCUCUGU